AUGUCAAAUUUGACAAAACUGGAAUUCGUGGCACUGGAUAUUUCUGGCAAAAAUUAUUUAUCUUGGAUUCUGGAUGCUCAGAUCUAUUUGGAUGCCAUGGGCCUUGGUGACACAAUUAAAGAAGACAAUGAGGCAUCAUUGCAAGAUAACGCAAAGGCCAUGAUUUUUCUCUGGUGCCAUAUUAGUGAGGAACUGAAAACUGAAUACCUCAUUGAAAGAGAUCCACUUUGUUUGUGGAAUAAUUUGAAAGAAAGAUAUGAUCAUCAAAAAACAGUCAUCCUCCCAAAGGCCAGGGCUGAUUGGCUGCAACUGAGGUUGCAAGAUUUUAAAACUGUGGCUGAAUAUAACUCUGCUCUAUUCAAAAUCAGCUCUACAUUGAAAUUAUGUGAGCAAAAUAAUGAGCUUUUGUUGAGAAACCACCAGUCCCGUCCAACUGGAUCGACACCGAUCCCUGAAACAUAUGUUGCCUCAUCUCGUAGUCGUGGACGCGGACGUGGACGUGGUCAUGGUGGUAGAAAUGAAUAUGGUCGUGGGCAUUGGCAAAGUAUUUGUCGUACACCAAAACAUCUGGCUGAUCUUUACCAAGCCUCAAUGAAAGAAAAGGGAAAACAAAAGGAAAUGAAUUUCCUUGAUCAUGAUGAGCCAGUUGACACCACAAAUCUGGAAAUGAAUUUCAUUAAUCAUGAUGAGCCAGUUAACAUCACCAAUCUGGAUGUAUCAGAUUUUUUUGAUGAUCGUGAUGGAAUGAUAGACUUCCUGAUUGGUGAUGGAAAUGUCCACACCAGUUAA